CCAAAAUCGGAGACACCACGUGCAUAGCGAUGACGCCUGAUAUUUUUAUCCGCUCUUUCUACACAAAUCCAAAUCGGACGAUUGCCCAAACGAAAAUCUGUAAAAUUCACGAGCAAUUAGAUCGGAAACAUGUCUUCGACCUUCAGCGGCGAUGAAACAGCUCCGUUCUUCGGCUUCCUUGGAGCCGCGGCUGCUCUCGUCUUUUCCUGUAUGGGUGCAGCUUAUGGGACAGCGAAGAGUGGUGUUGGUGUUGCAUCAAUGGGGGUGAUGAGGCCAGAGCUGGUGAUGAAGUCGAUUGUGCCAGUUGUCAUGGCUGGUGUUUUGGGUAUUUACGGUUUGAUUAUUGCCGUAAUUAUCAGCACCGGCAUUAACCCUAAAGCUAAAUCCUAUUAUCUUUUUGAUGGAUAUGCCCAUCUUUCUUCUGGCCUUGCUUGUGGCCUUGCCGGGCUUGCUGCUGGAAUGGCUAUUGGUAUUGUGGGGGAUGCUGGCGUUAGGGCAAAUGCACAGCAGCCAAAGCUAUUUGUUGGCAUGAUUCUUAUUCUCAUUUUUGCUGAAGCUUUGGCGCUAUACGGUCUUAUAGUUGGAAUUAUUCUUUCUUCACGAGCUGGCCAGUCAAGAGCUGACUAAUGAUAUUGUACUUAUUGGUCACUGUUGAAGUUAUACAUAUUUUAUUUAUGUUCGCUUCGCACUGACAAUUCCGAUUAUUUGUAGAAUUACAUUUGUUUUCUGCUGAAUAAGAGCUUCUUUGUAAAGCUCGGUCUCUUGGAGAACUCGAAUUCUUUUU